AUGUUUAUAUCUUCCAACCGUCAGAGUCGUUCAGAAAUCCUAAACUUCAUUGAGUUGAUCCAACGUUUUGGAGUCUCUUACCACUUUGAACAAGAGAUUGAAGAAGCAUUGGCAAAGAUUCAGAGCAUUUAUACCAGCAACAACAAUAUCCUCAUCAUGCAUCAGGAUGGAGACGAUGAUCUUCACUCUCUUGCUUUACUCUUUCGAUUGUUGAGGCAACAUGGAUAUCCCAUUUCAUCUGAUGUAUUUGAAAGAUUCAAGGACGACAAGGGAGAGUUUAAUAUUAAUCAAAAUCUUACCAAGGACGUCAAAGGAAUGUUGGCUCUGUAUGAAGCUGCACAAUUAGAGGUUCACGGAGAGAAUAUAUUUGAUGAAGCUCUUCAUUUCACUUACACUCACCUUAAAUCCCUCACUGAUAACAACCAAUUGAGCCCUAUUCUCAAUGCGCAAGUCAGCCACUGCUUAAAUCAGCCUCUGCACAAGAGAUUGCUUAGGCUAGCGGCAAGACAUUACAUGUCUUCUUACCAGCGGCAACAUCCUUCCCCAAAUCACACGAUAAUGCUGCUCAACUUUGCAAAGCUAGAUUUCAAUAUGUUGCAGAAACUGCAUCGAAAAGAACUUGGCAAUAUCACCAAGUUAGUUGGCAAACUGGCUGCUAUUAUCGUUUUUCUUGAUGAUACCUAUGAUGUGUAUGGCAAACUUGAAGAACUUGAGCCCUUCACAGAGGCCAUCCACAGGUUUAAAUGUCUCAUUAAAUAUCUUCCAGAGUGCAUGAAAGUGGUGUUCGAAGCAGUUGUGGAAUUGUGCAGUGAAAUGGAGAUGGUGACUGCAAAACAAGGGACAUCAACUUUUGUGAUGCCACAUGUUAAACCAGCUUUUUUCAACUUGGCUAAUGCGUGCUUGAUGGAAGCAGAAUGGUGCCAUGAACACUACGUUCCAAGCUAUGAGGAGUACAAGGAUAAUGGAGCUGCUUCUUCUGCUUUCCCACUCCUGCUAUCCUCAUUUCUCGGCCUUGGAAACCUUGCAACCAAAGUGGUGUUUGAAUGGCUUGCCACAGAUCCCAAGAUUAUUAGGACUGUGUCAACCAUUGGCAGACUUAAGGAUGACAUGGUCACUCAUAAGUUUGAGCAGGAGAGAGAGCAUGUUGCUUCAGGAGUGGACUGUUGCAUGAACCAAUUUGGAGCUUCAGAAGAAGAGGCUUAUAAAAUGCUCAACGAUGACAUAAAAAAUUGCUGGAAGGAUAUUAACGAACAGUGUCUGAAUAAUCCACACAACGUCCCAAAGUCUGUGCUUGAUUGUGUUAUCAAUUUGGCUCGAACAAGUGAGGUUGUUUAUGAAAACCAGCAAGACAGAUUCACCGAUGGCGAGUCCCUCAAACAUUACGUCGUCCAACUCCUUCUGUGACAAGU